AUGAAAAAGUUUACUAUUAUUUGGUUGGCCUUAUACGGAAACUGUUUGGUAUCAGGAAUACCAAUAAACCAAAUCAUACCAUCCCAAACAUGCCCACAUAAUCCAAUAACAUACCAUCAACCUGUGAAUAUACCAUUGUUAUUGCGACAAGAAAACAUACCGCAAUCGAUAUUUGAUAUAUAUCAACAGCCUAACAAUAAUAACUUCUAUCCUCCACAAGUUCUUACUCAAAAUGAAUUAACGACACCAUGUCAACAAAACGUCAAUUAUCCGAAUAGUGGGUAUCAAAUUCCUGUGAAUCAACAAAUUGAUCCAAUUGCCAAUCAGAUAAGCCAAUUAUACAUGAAUAAAAUCUUAUCAAAUCCAAUGGUGCAAGAGAUUUUAGACUCUAAUUCGAGGAUGUACAAUACAGCUGUUCUAGAAAUUCCUAAUCAAAUGUUUAACAACAUUGCUACUCAAGGUAAUGUACCACAUGUGGUAAAUAAUUAUUUUAUAUUACCAUCUGAAUUAUUAAAUAUUAAUGAAGAUAUUGAUUCGUUAAAACGCAUUCAAAAUCAAGCAAAACAUAAUGAUGGAAGGCCACGUCAUAAUGUAAACAGAAGAAGGAAAUCAAAUAAAGAAGCUACUGAUAACAAAUAUUCAGGGAAUGUUCAAAGAAGGCAGCUAGAUAGAAAUGGAAAUCACAGAAGCGAAAAAAUAAGGUCAGGGGGUGAUUAUAACAAAAAAGGGCAUCAAAAUUAUGAUGAUCAAAAAUGUGCAAGCAACAGAAAGAAAAAUAAAAAUGUGAGUAUUGAAAAUGAGAAUCGAGAUCACAAAGAACGCAAAAGAGAAAGUAGACCAAAAGGCAGAGGACAGCAUUAUAAUAACCAUCGAGAUCAGCCGUCACUGAUUAAACAAGAACCUCCAAAAAUAGUGAUAAGAUUAAAAGAUAUCGAUAAAGUACAUGGCGAUGAACAAUAUCCGAAAUCAAGUCAUAUAGUUCCACAAUCAACUGAAGUGAUUGAAACUAAUAAACGCAAGAAUAAUAAUUGGAACCCGAAAGAUGACGCUAUUAUCGAGGAGUUUAAAAUUAAAUUUCCAGGUAUUCCAGAAGAAGUUGUAAGAAGCUUGCUAGCUUAUCUGAGACAUCAGCUACAGAAGCAACAGCUUGGUCAAUCACCAUUUUACUAUCCUGAUGUCACUUUUCCUCUACAGUUUGAACAACUAUUUCCACAUAUGAAGUGGUCUAAUACUAAUAUCCAUGAAUCAUACGACCAUAAAAAACGCCGUCCAAAUAGAAGAAAUUCUAAUCAAAAAACGAAUCAGAAUCAAAAAACUAAACCUGUAAAUGUGGUUAAGAUUGAUAACACCAUUCCAGAAUCAAUUACCAUUGACACCACUACUUUGAAUACGGAAAUCACAACUUUAAACUAUCAGGAACCAACGACAGAAGACAUUCUGGAAACAACAACGAAUGUUUUGAUCACUCCAGAACUUGGAACUGAAGAUGUAGUGGUUGAUGUAAACAACCGCUUAAUUGAUGAUUAUUAUCCUGACUUCACUAAUGACAAAACUUAUUUUGACAGCGAAGAAGUACAGUUCGUUCGUAAUCAUAGAGAUAAUAGAUACUAUUACACCACAGCUAGAAAUAUUAAUGACGAAAUAAAGAAAGGCGAUAAUGUCGAAAACGUAUUGAUGAAACCUACUACAGAUAACGAUUCCGAAACGGAAAUAACAGUCUUUCGCACCCCACCAUUGCUAGAAAUUCCAAAUUUUAAAACUAAACAAAUUAGUAAAGGAAAACCAAUUAAUAACCAUCAUAAAGAUAAAGGCUUUGAUAAAUUUUCCACAUAUUCUGAUGCAAAAAUGCCUCCAACGAAAGAUCUUAAACACAAUCAUAAAUUAGAAAAAUCCAAAAAAACGAAACCUGAUAUUGAAACAGUAUUUGCUCAUUCUAAAGUUGUGAAAUAUGGUAGAACUGAUGAAGUUGAUGAAGAAAAUGAGACUUCAUUUGUAACAUAUUACUUACCUGCUAAUAUGCAAUAUGAAGAUGAUGGUAAAACUGUCAUAGUUGCCAAAAGUAUACCAGAAGAUUAUUUCUGGUGA